AUGGAUCCAUUCUCUCUGACUUUGGGCCUCUUGCCGUUGGUCGGCGGAGCAAUGAAGGCAUGCUCUGUUGUUCGUAAGAAAUUCAAGACAUUUCGCCACUACUCGCGAGAAAUCCGGCGCAUCCAAAAGCAAGUUGACCGCCAACUGAACUUCUUUACGAAUGAGAUCCACCUGUUGCUGAGACGAACUGUUGAGGAUGAAGAGACAAUCGCAUUGAUGCUCAGGAAUGAGGACACUCAACAAUGGCAUAGCAAUCAAAUUGAGGAAAAGAUGAGAAAAGCACUAGACAAGGACUAUGAUGUCUGCCAGGGUGUGAUUGAAGACAUCGCUGGCGCGGCGCAAAGCUUCCAGGACGACUUCCGCUGCUUCGAUGGACUUACGGCAGAGUGCCGACAGGCAGACGCUGUGCGCCGGCUUCGCGGACGGGUGAAGAUCUCACUGGACGAAUCCAGGUUCGAGAAACAUAUCCAAGAUCUGCGAUCGUCCAUCGACGACCUCAAACGUAUCAGAGAGCAGAGGAGUGAGCUGAGGCGAAACAAGAAUGAGCUUACAGCAGCGAAGCCAAACCGUGGAAAACUAAGCCAAGAAUACGGGCAUAUCGGUCAAGUCAGAAGGGCAUCGAAAGCCUUCCACGAAGCCCUUGCUGAAGCUUGGUCGACCUCGAGUACUUCCUCAGAGGUACUCGGCAUGCGCCACACUGUUCGACUGUUCCUGGAUACCACAGUCAAAGAUGAUGUUCAGAUGCAUGUUGCUAUAUCCUGUAUGGGUCAUGAGCUUACUGAUAGGGCUGUGGCACAAGAGAGGCUCGCUAGAAUACUGGUACGAUCACAAAUACGGACCUGGAUCGCUGAACCGGACAACUCUACGUCGGCUGCACCCGGUCCAGACGAAAGACCCCGACAGAAACGAAGGAAGGUUCGCUUUUCGCAAGACGUUCGAGAAGAGGCCAGCAAAGAAGAUGACGAAUCUGACGUAACGAGAAAUGUCAAUAAUCAACAGGGCUCAUUAGUCAACUUGUGCUCAAAGGGUCUAUGUCCUGCCUUGAAUAGCGUCUUCAACUUUGCCUCGGAGGAGGCCUGUAGCGACCGAUGUCUAGGGUACAUUGACAGCUCAUCGCAAGAUCCAUUCCGGCAUUCGAUUUACCCGGGAUCCGUGGACAACCACAACCAUACCAUGACCACGUCUCAAGCUCUGAUGUCAAUGAACGACGUCUUGAUGACUUCCGCCGAGUCCACGCUCUCCAUAAUCGACCAACUCAAACUGGCUCGUGAUAUGGUCAGCGCGGUUCUCAAGUUCUACUCGACACCAUGGCUAAGAGAGUACUUCACACUUCGAGACCUCUCCUUCUUCCAGAUGAGCGGGGACUUUUCCAGAUGCAUUAGAACUCUCCAUCUAGGCUUCGACUUUGUCCAGUCAUCCUCUGCAAGCCUACCAAGAAGCAUGGAGGGGAUAGAGGCGACGGCCGUGCAGGACAGCAGCGACGGCGGCCCUAACGAAGUAGAGACCGCCGCCGAGCGCGCAAAGUUGGAAUACGGUAUACGCAACCUGACGCUUUGGAGUCUCGGUAUCACUCUGCUUCAGAUCGGACGAUGGUCGAGCCUGGAGGCCCCGGAAGACGUUCUCAGCGUUCGGAGGCUAUCGCGACAGGUCCCUACAUUGGGGCCGAAGUAUAGGGACCUCACCAGGAAGUGUCUGGAGUGUGACUUUGGGUUCGGUGACGACUUGUUGAAGCCGCGCUUGCAGCAGGCUGUGUACGAGAGCGUGGUUUGCGAGUUGAGCGAUAUGAUCAAGACCCUCGAUGAACCGUCGCAGUCGCCUGGUGUUUUCGCUGCCACCGUCGGGUCAGCAAUCCAUUCUCCCAUUGGCCGCCUGAUCUUCCACACCAGAACAGUUCAUCUCCAUAGUAGUCUUGAGUUCGUUCCUGAAAGGAUGACGGAAGCGCCCGAGAAUCUUUCUGCGAGCUUGCUCGGCAACCGGUCGAGCAGUCGCUCAGUUCCCACAGCCUCGAAUCGUCGUCAAUCAGUUGACUCGCUCGUCAGUUCCCUUGAUGAGCUAUCGCAUCACUCCCAAGACCUCGCCGAUGCUUUGCCAAAUAAUCUAGGUGAUACCGGUUCAGGAGCACCACCUACAACCCGGGAGACUUUCGCCCAAUCCCAAACGGUCGCCACGGAUGAGAGGCCUGUCUCUCAAAUCAAAUGUCCGAAACGCAAAUUCGAAUUUUUCGUAUUUCUCACCGACUGUGCUGCUCUUCUCUCAACACUGGGUCUCCUUAUAUUUGGUCUCAUUGUUUGGCGUUCCGACGGAACCCAAAUCACUGAAGAAGACCGCGGUACACGGGGGAAUACGAUCAACGUACUUGCCACCGUCUUCCCCAUCCUAUUCGCCUCAGUCGUUGGCAGAUUGGUAUCCGAAGCAGCUCGGUGGAAACUCGAGAAUGGUGCCACCGUACGAUCCCUCGAACUACUGCUCGGCAGCAGAACGGUCGGUGCAACUGCACUCACCCUCGUCCAGUUCCGUUCAUUCAAUAUUUUGAGCAUCUUCCUAGUCUUUUUGUGGACAUUCUCUCCAUUGGGAACACAGUCGCUUCUUCGAAUGAAUACGUCUCGUCUUGAGCCGAACAUGAAAUCGACGGGCCUGAUAUACUUCGAUAGCGGUGCCAGGAGCCAACUUGCAGAUUGGGGAAACUCUGAACAAAUCAAGAACGACAAUAUGGACAUUUGGGGAAACGUCAAAAUACCUUUCUUCAACGGUGUAGACGAGAACUGGAAGAACAUCACCGGUGAUACUGCUCAGAACCCGUACUCCGCCCUGGCCGGCAUUCCACUCAUGCACCUCAACGAAGAUAACGCAACUUUCUCGCUGGAGUCCGACUACAUUCACCUCGAAUGCAAAAACCUUACCAAGAUCGUAAGAAGUGUCACAUCGGAAGAUAUCCGGGAAGAUUUGAUAUCAGACGAAGGUCUCAGAGAUUUCGGUACUACUUACCGCGCUGCUACCAACAGGUCCAGGCUCUUGAACGGGACAUGGCAUGGGUACAGCUCGACCAGGUCAGGCUCGACAGCAACGACAUGGAGUUUGUCUCUUGACAGAUUUGUUGACCCUGUCUGGUUUGCCAUCAGGAAGGACGAACCUGUAAAUGGGUCAGAAAACUACCCGGCAAUACAGCCGGACAAGGCAAUGAGACCAAUUCUAUUUCAGGGUGAGAGCGGGAUAGAGGUCGGCAAACCCACCCUGCUCUUUCAGGCUGCUUCCGCCAGCUCCAUGCACUCCCCCGAGGGAUUUAUUAGAACCUACUGCGGAGUCAGACAGAGAUAUGUCGAAUCGAAAGUCAACUGCUGGCGUCUCUCAUCCGACUCUCGGCACAAUUGCAGUGUAGCCGCUAUGCGUCCUUCCCAAAGGCAGCACGCUCCUGAGGCAGUCUCGCAGCUUUCGUUUCCACCAAACUUUAACUAUCUUUCUAGAGAGAUGCCGCUCACUGUUGGGGGAAUCGUCUCCUACCAGUCCGAUGUGUCUCUCUACUACAUCCAGGACCCAACCCUCCGGGGCAUGUCCUCGACCGAACGCAGCUUUUUGGAGAACAUCACAGAGGCAGAUGUAUCAGUACGCUUGAGUCAACUUAUCAAUACCUAUAUGCUGCUAAGCCAAUUAUCCUUUCAAAUCACCGGAAGUGACGCGGAAGCUUCGCUCGAAACCAAUCAGACCGUUGUUGCACAGUCCAGGGUCAUUUUCAAGCAUUGGGCUCGUGGUCCCGAGGUGUUGGGAUAUGUCUCAACGGUGAUCAGGGAUUCGAAGUAUAUAUCUCUAGCAUCUCCUGAAGAGAAGCUUGCAGUGGGGGUAGGAAAGCAAGAAGACACUCGUCAUGUGAAGGAGUUGGACACAUCUGAUGGAAUCAAUUUCAAGACCAAUCAAGCCUCUCCAAGUCGCGGAGAAUUCAAUCUUGGGAGCGCAUCGUGGCACAAAAGUAAGAUGGAAGACGCGGCAUUGAUUUUACAUUCAUUCAUCUAUGCUCAAUCCAUAUGA